AUGGGAUUGGCAUUUUCAUGUCCUGGCUGUGAAACCAAUCAAUUAGAUGAGAACUUUGAUGCCGUCAUGGGCUCCAUUAGUUUUAGCGGAGACUAUGCAAAAUCCAAUAUUUGUUCUGGAAAUAACAAUCACUGUGGUGAUUCAGACCCCAAUCUGCUGAAGGCUUUUGGCUCUGGAAGAUUUAUCAUUGGUGGAUCCUUAAAUUUAAAAAGAAAGGAAGCCGAUCCAAUCCACCUGGAAACAAAUAUCUCAUUUAAGAACUCUGAAAUCUCCACAAAAUCAAACACAGCUAAGCGCACAAGGUUCAGUGAAGAAGCAUCGGAGACACCCCGGGCAGAGCCCGGUAGCCCGAAACAUGACGCCGCUGUUAAGUUGCAGAAGGUUUACAAAAGCUUCAGAACAAGAAGACAACUUGCUGAUUGUGCUGUUUUGGUUGAGCAGAAAUGGUGGAAGUUGUUGGAUUUUGCAUUGCUUAAGAGAAGCUCUGUGUCCUUUUUUGAUAUUGAUAAGCCUGAGUCAGCGGUCUCCAAGUGGUCAAGAGCUAGAACCAGAGCUGCUAAGGUUGGUAAAGGUUUAUCUAAGAAUGCAAAAGCCCAGAAGCUAGCUCUGCAGCACUGGCUGGAGGCGAUUGACCCGCGCCAUCGAUACGGCCAUAAUCUCCAUUUCUACUAUGAUUGCUGGCUUCGUUGCGAGAGCAAGCAGCCCUUCUUCUACUGGCUUGAUGUGGGAGAGGGGAAGGAGGUCAAUUUAGAAGCUUGUCACCGAUUAAAGCUUCAACAGCAGUGUAUCAAGUAUCUUGGCCCGAAAGAAAGGGAGGCCUAUGAAGUUAUUGUUGAAGAAGGUAGACUCAUUUAUAAGAAGAGCAGAGAGAUACUGGACACAACUGGAGGUCCAAAAGAUUCAAAAUGGAUAUUUGUACUGAGCACAUCAAAGAAUUUGUAUGUUAGCUUGAAGAAGAAAGGUCGGUUUCAGCACUCGAGUUUUCUUGCAGGAGCUGCUACGUCUGCUGCUGGAAGGCUAGUUGUUAAAAAUGGGAUUUUGAAGGCUGUUUGGCCUCACAGUGGCCAUUACCGUCCAACCGAAGAAAAUUUUGAGGAGUUUAUGAGCUUCCUCGAGGAAAACAACGUCUCUCUCUCUGAUGUUAAGAAAGCCCCAGAAGAAGGUGAUGAUGAAUGGGGAAGCGUUCUCCGAAGCCGAAAUUCCGAAUCAGACUUGACAAAUGACCAAGCAAGUGAAGGAGAAGAAGAGAAGGGAUCGGAUAGCAGCACAAUAUUGUCAAAUCAGAAUUAUGAUACACCCGAACAAUCUGAAGAUGAGUCUGCGGAGAGCUCAUCGCCCUCCAAAAGCCAGUUAAUCUUCCACAAACCAAGUCUUUUCAUAGAGGAGAAAGAAAAUGGCGAUGAAGAACCAAUACAAGAAGAGCUCAUCAUUGAAAGGAUGAGCUCAAAUAAGGUGAUCAAGCCAUGCCAAUUGGGAACAAAAUUACCUUUCAAGUGGACCACAGGAGCUGGAGCUCGCAUCGGUUAUAUGAGGAACUACCCCUCAGAAUUACAAUUCAGUGCGCUCGAACAAGUCAGUCUCUCUCCAAAAGCUGCUGGUUUUUCAAGGCCGUUUUCGUCCCCUCGAGCUGUAUCAAGCCCUUGGCCAGUGACACAAGAAACAUCUAAAUUUAACAUUGAGACAUAG